AUGGUCAGACCAAAAGAGAUUUUGGUUACAUUGAAACGAAAGGAUGCUUUGAAUGUAACCACUAUGAAAACCAUUUACAAUGUACAUCAUAGGAAUAAUGUUAUUGAGAAAGUUGGGAGAUCACAGAUGCAACAGUUGUUGGGUGAAUUAGAAAAGUAUAAUUACACUGAGCGGCAUAGGUGUGACAACAACACGAUGACUAUCACAAACUUGUUUUGGGCACGUCCUGUCAGUUCAGAUUUGCUCCGUUCAUUUCCAAAAGUGUUGAUCAUGGACUGCACAUAUAAGACAAAUCGAUAUCGUCUUCCUCUUCUUGAGAUAGUUGGUGUGACAUCCACUGAUAUGUCAUUCUCCGUGGCCUUUGCAUAUCUCCAAUUUGAGUAG